UCGUGACGCAAGAACGUGCGUUACACGCGAUUCGCCGAAAUGUCCGGAUGAAUUUAAAUUGUUGAUGUUCAUAGUGUUAAUUAAUUUAGGCGAUUGGAAUAUACGGGAUAUAGACCUAAUGUGCGCCUUACGUGCGGCACAAUCGAGUCGUUCAGGAUUGCUGUGUAGCAGGUGAUACAUUCCCACAGUGGAUGUUGCGAUAAGCGGACACAUUUCGGCGUACAGUAUCGUUUCACAUAAUUACUCGAUAUGAGAAAGUCUCGUUUUAAGCUCAGGAACUUGGGAACGCUGCUUGCGUACCGAAAGGCGCGGAAAUCUCGCGGUGUUUCGUUUUGGAUAAGUGCCCUUCGGGAUCUCGUGGAUGCCGACGGUCCACGAGACGAGCCUCGUCGACACAGACAUCUCGCGGAGAGGCUGACGAAGCUCACGAUAUACACGAUAGCUGUCUGCUGCAUGAUGUUCUCGAUGAUCGAUCUAACGAUGACGUACAAGAGGAGCCCGACUGUCACCACCCCCGAGACGAAGCUGUAUCCGAUGCAGAGGAUCAACUAUCCGGCGAUAGCGAUUUGCAAUGUCAACCGGAUCAGCCGGAGGGCGGCGAUCGACUUCGCUCACGAACUUUUAGAGUUCGAGAGCACCGUACUCACUGCAAACCUGACAUUGUCAGACAUCACGCACAUGUUGAGCCUGUUGGGUCAGCUGUAUCUGGAUAAUAUCGGUGAGGCCGAGAGCGAGACUACAAAGCUCCUGCACACGAUCCUGGAACGUGGCUACAAUGGCUACGAUGUGAACAGAAUAAUGAAACGACUCUCGCCGAAGUGCAGGUUCAUGUUGCGAAAGUGUUCGUGGGAGGGUAAGGAUCAAGCGUGCGACGAUGUCUUCUUGCUGAGGAAGACUCAAAACGGCUUCUGCUGCACGUUCAAUUACGCUAGACGCAACGACGGCUUCGGAAGCAGCGCGCAAAACGAUGUCUUCACGUCUCAGCACAUUGAGCGUUCGACAAACAUCGGUUCCGAGUACGGUCUGUCCAUUCUCUUGAAUCCACACCUAGACGAUUCCUUCUACAAAAUUCUACCGAUGAAUGGUUUCAAGAUAUCGGUGUAUGAUCCUUUGGAUUAUCCUGAUGCAACAAGCGGCAACGUGCGCGAAAUCUUGGUUUCCCCUAAAAUGGAAACUUAUAUCGAUCUGGAUGCGAUUAUAUUCGACAGCACCGAAAAUGUGCAAAAGUACGACAUACAGGAACGCGAUUGCUUGUUCCAAACGGAGCACUCCAAGAUAUUUCACGGUUACUACUCGUACAGCGAUUGCAUAGUACAUUGUCGCGUACAAGAUAUCUUUCAGCUAUGCAACUGCGUGCCAUUUUUCUACCCGAUAGCGGGAGAGAUCGGUAACGCCUUUGCGCAAACCUGUAAUCUGAAGGAUUUGCCUUGUUUGAAAAAGUACCGAGAGAGAUGGCGAAACAUAAAGCCUCGAUUUGAAAACACUAUGGUACCGUUCGAUGAGAGCGAGUUCGAGGGAACAUUCGGUUAUCUGAGUUGCGACUGUUUUCCAUCUUGCAGUGAUGUGACGUACAGCGUGCGAUCCAGCAGCAUCCCCUUGAGUCUCACCGAGCUGUCGUGGGGCAGAAGUAAAUAUCCGGUCAAUAACCACAGCGUGGUGCAUAUUUAUUUCGGGAAGAGCGACGCGAUAAAAUUGCGACAGGAUGUGCUCUUCUACUGGUACGAACUCAUGAGUAACUACGGGGGCGUAUGCAGUCUGUUUCUUGGAAUUAGCAUUAUAAAUAUAAUUGAGAUAUUAUAUAAAUUAAUCGCAUGGACCUGGAGAUCCGGGGCGAUAGAUAAACCCAAAACGAACGGAGCCUCAGCGCAAACAAAAGAUAAGAUUGAAGAGAAUCGAGACAUCACGAAGGUGACAACGAUCGCAGUGCAGCCCGCGCCGGUACAGGAAGUCACUCAGUCGAUUCAUUGGCGAGAAAUAAUCGGUGCUCUUCCCAAAGGACAAUUAAAUGAUUUAUUACCGAACUUGUUAUCGGAACACUGAUGAAAUGUACAUACACAGAAAGAGAGAUGCCGUCCAGUCUUGUGUAUCGAAAAACAUCCUUUUCCUUUAUUGUCAGCACUGUUCGUCGCACUCUGUUAUGUAGGGCGGCGCGCAUAUGCUGUGCUUUGCACCAAACGAGAAAGCAGGAGUUGGCUU